GUCUCGGUACAGACACGACUUCGCGCAGUGCAGUAUCUCGCCGAGCAGUGUCGUGUACAGUGUGACGCUAUUGUGCGGCUGUCGUGGACUUGUGUUCGAAUCAAUUGUGCAGUUUAUUCGUAUCCUGUACGGGAUAGUGUUUUUUUUUAUUUGCUAUUGUAGAAACAGCAGGUUUUGGCUUCGUGUUUCGGAGGUGUAGUUUCGUUCUGGUGAACGGCUUCAGCUGCGACCGUGGUAGUGAAAGCUGGCAAGGAGAGGGACCAGAGAGCGUGAAGUACCGAACAAGUGCACUCGCUGUACAUCGCUAGGGAUUUCUCCAACCUCCAACAUCAUGAGUCGGUGGAGGAAGGACCCCAUGGAGGUGUGUGGCUCCAGGCACACCAAUGCCACUCUGGAAUUCCAUGAGUGCCUGUGCAAGUUUGACUACAGGAACCUAAGGAAACGCCAACAGACGCUGAAGUUCAAGCACUGUUUGUUGGCAGAUGAGAUGCGACGAAUAGACAAUUUUGAACUGUAUAUAAUUAUUGCAGUGGUGAUAGGUGUUGUGAUUAUAUUUAGCAUUGCUGCAUUUUGUUCUUGUAAAUGGUACCUCCAGACUAAUGCCAAUCCAUGUGGGUGCUUGUCAUGUUCUUGUUGCAAGAAAAAGAAGAAAAAGAAAGAUGAAAAUGAGGUUGUGGUGAGUUCGGCAUCACAUGAUCUGGACUUGGGCAAUGGUGGGCAGUCAUGGACCCCAAUACGUUUGGUGCCCAAUAAAGACACAGUUGAUGGGAGUCCAGACACCAAUCGUAUGAGUGUUGAACCUGGUGAUGAUGAUCACAAAAGUUUCUGCAUGAAGUUCUGUCUGAGUGACCCUGUACAAGACUGUUGUGAAUUCUUUGACUGUGACAUCAUGUGGCGCAAAAAAAGCAUUUAUGCCAUACCUAUAUUUGGCCGUCGUAAGCAGCCUCCUCUGCAACGAAGGCCAACACGGCCUGCUCCUCCACCUCCCAAAGCAGUGGUGGCUCCGGUAGUCAAACACCCUGAACCGAUUCAUAUAGGCUAUGAUGACGACAUAGAGUGUGAACCUGUCCCUGAAGCGCCACCUUCCCCUGAGCCUGUACGUGUGGACCAACCCAGAGCCAUGUAUGUGGAUCCUUUGGCAUUCUUGCAGAGACCCUUCUUGAAAUCAACCAAAGAGAAGGCAGUUGAAGAGGAGCCACCAGAGGCCCUGUACAGCAAAAUGAAGGACUUCAUGUUUGGAAAAUCAAAGAAGAGUGCAAGCAUGGCAUCCCUCAACAAGUUAGGUGUGAAUACUAAUCCAGAUGCAGUCAGCACCACCUCAAGCAAGAAGAGCAAGUAUAGUCGCACAGGCAGUCUAGCAUCACUACAUAACCUCAGUGAUGAACAGUUAGACAAGAGCUACCAGAGCAAGAGGUCCAUGAGCCUGGCUUCUCUACACAUGGUUGAGGAAGAGUCCUCCAGUCGAAUGACCCCGAGAGGAGGUGCCAGCAAGUUGAAUGUGGCCCGAAGCAGAGGAUCUCUUCACAACAUCUGCGAGGAUGAUGACAUUCCCCCCUCACAGAGGACUGAUGAAUACAUCGACCUGGAGGAAAUGUCCAAGAGGAUUGAGGCAAAGAUGUUGGCCAACCAGAAUGGUGCUGAACAGGUUGGAGUAAUUGGAGCUCCAAAUGCACUGCCACAGGGCCCAGCUGCUAGUCCCCGACCACGCACAAGCCCAAGACCUCCAACUAGUCCUCGGCCCCCAACUAGUCCCCGACCCUCAGUGAGCCCUCCAGUCUCUCCCCCAGUUUCAAGUUCCUGGACACCAAAUUUCGUUCCUGCAUCAGCAUACACUGCACCAAAGAGCAAUGAAGCAGUUCCUCUCCAGCCUGGUAGUGCUACUUACUCACCAUCCUUAUACAGAGCACAGGGCCCACAGCACUACGCAAUGAGUGGUUCACCAGUUCCACCACAUGCAGGUUAUUCACAAGCAGAAUACCCGUAUGGCCACUCUCCUGCAAUGAUGCUUGAUGAGAAUGGCCAGCCAAAAUAUUAUCCUCCUGUGCCUGCUACACAAGACAGACCAGCAGUGCCUGCUAGACUGGCUGUUGGUACUCCAGUCAGUAACACUGGCACGUUGGGUCGUCCAAAGCCUGCUGUCCCUCCAAGGCCAUCAAGUGGGUCAAAUUCCCCAAAACCCAGAGGCAGUGGAGGCUCGCCCAAACCACGUGCUCCACAGCCACCCUCAACUUUGGGGAGACAGUCACAUGUGGUUAAGCCAACGGCUCCCCCUCCCCCUCCACCUGUUACAACCCCCAUUGAAUCUUCACUCUGAGUGGAUCCAAGUGAGGUGAAUGUGAGAUUGUAUAGAAAAUAUUGUAUAUAAUGUGUAUUUGUAAUGCCUUUUGACAGACUGCUCAAGGGAUACUGUAGCCAAACUUGUAGUAUUUUUCAGUUUUCAUUUGGAAACAAUAAAGGCUAUCCUUUUA